UCUCGCUCUCGAUAUGUACUCUCGGCACAGCUGGUUCACGUUGCAGCGCAAGAUGUUAUUUACGAUGAACACGACAGCCUGGUAGUGAUGCGAACGCGUCCGUGGGCGAUAAGGGAGCCAUCACAUUGUUACAAUCUUGGAUUUUAAAGCUCCACCUUGUUUGUUAGGAUAGAAAAAAACUAAACAAAGGUCGUCUACAUUUCGUUCGUGCGCUCUAGGGGUGUUUUCAUGGAGCGGAGAGACGCGGCGGAGGGUGUCAGGCUGCGGAGUCUGGACACCAGCUGAACCAACCGAUCUUAGCGUGAUGUUAGCAUGCUAGCUGACGUGAUGAAGCGCUGACUGUGAUCUUGUUUGAACUGCUCGCCCGGGGCUCACAUCAUGGCGACCAACGGCUGCGACCUGACGACGGGGAUGGGGGAAAUCAUCCAGCUGAACGUGGGUGGGACGCGGUUCAGCACCUCCCGACAGACCCUCAUGUGGAUCCCUGACUCUUUCUUUUCGAGUCUGCUGAGUGGAAGAAUAUCCACUCUUCGGGAUGAAACUGGAGCUAUAUUUAUUGACCGAGACCCCACAGCUUUUGCACCAAUUUUAAACUUCCUCCGAACCAAAGAACUGGACCUGCGCGGCGUUAACAUCAGCGUUCUGCGGCAUGAGGCUGAAUUCUACGGCAUAACUCCCUUGGUGCGGCGCCUUCUCCUGUGUGAAGAACUGGACCGAUCGUCAUGUGGCAGCGUUCUCUUCCAUGGUUACCUUCCACCUCCAGUUAUCCCUGGCCGCAAGCCAAGCUCUGCCUCUUCCUGUGAUGAGCGUGCGGGUCCCAGUGGAGCGGAGGGAUUCAGCUACGUCGGUGCUCCUCCUCAUCCUCCCCUCCCCUGUUCACCAGGUUUAGAAGGAGCUCAUAAACUUGGACCAGACCCCCGCAAGGUGCUCAUCAUAGCGGGACACCACAACUGGAUUGUAGCAGCGUACGCACACUUCGUCAUCUGCUACAGGAUAAAGGAAUCUACCGGAUGGCAACAGGUGUUCUCCUCUCCUUGUCUUGACUGGACCAUCGAACGGAUCGCACUGAACGCCAAGGUGGUGGGCGGCCCGCACGGGGACAAGGACAAGAUGGUGGCCGCCGCCUCCGAAAGCAGCAUCAUCCUCUGGAGCAUCCAAGACGGAGGCAGCGGCAACGAGAUUGGAGUGUUCAGCCUCGGUGUGCCUGUGGAUGAUCUCUUCUUUAUCGGAAACCAGCUGGUGGCGACGAGCCACACGGGGAAGGUCGGAGUUUGGAAUGCUGUAACGCAACAUUGGCAGGUUCAAGAUGUUGUUCCCAUCACCAGCUGCGACACGGCCGGGUCCUUCCUGUUACUGGGCUGCAACAAUGGCUCCAUCUACUAUAUUGACAUGCAAAAGUUCCCACUGAGGAUGAAAGACAACGAUCUCCUGGUGACAGAGCUUUAUCACGAUCCCUCAAACGACGCUAUCACUGCACUGUCUGUCUACCUCACGCCUAAAACCAGUGUGAGUGGGAACUGGAUCGAGAUUGCUUACGGGACCAGCAGCGGUGCAGUGAGAGUCAUCGUGCAGCAUCCAGAGACGGUGGGCUCGGGCCCUCAGCUCUUCCAGACUUUCACUGUUCACAGGAGCCCCGUCACAAAAAUCAUGUUGUCUGAGAAACACCUGGUCUCAGUGUGCGCCGACAACAACCACGUUCGCACGUGGACGGUGACCCGCUUCCGAGGGAUGAUUUCCACCCAGCCGGGCUCCACGCCCUUGGCCUCUUUCAAAAUACUUUCCCUGGAGGAAACGGAGAGCCACGGCAGCUACUGUUCAGGGAACGACAUCGGUCCGUUUGGAGAGCGAGAUGAUCAACAAGUAUUUAUCCAGAAGGUUGUUCCCAUCACCACCAAGCUCUUUGUGAGACUCUCAUCCACUGGGAAAAGAAUCUGUGAAGUGCAGUCGGUGGACGGGACCACCGUCUCUUGCUUUAUGGUGCGGGAGUGCGAGGGUUCAAGCCGGAUGGGCUCGCGACCUCGCCGCUAUCUGUUCACCGGUCACGGCAAUGGCAGCAUCCAACUGUGGGACCUGACCACCGCCAUGGACACUGCCAACAAAGGAGAGGAAAAGAAGAAAGUCGAAGUCGGCGGCCCCACAGAGGAGGAACUUCUGCAGCUGUUGGACCAGUGUGACCUGAGCACGUCCCGCUGCGCCACUCCAAACAUUAGCCCUGCACCCUCGGUGCUGCACCAAACGCGCCUCAAAGAAUUUUCCCCGAGUGUGCAGUCACAGGCUCCGGAAGCCAUUCCUGAGACCCAGGUGACCUACGGAGCUGUGCGGCCAUACAGGGAGAGCCCCCUGCUGGCUCGGGCCAGAAGAACAGAAUCCUUCCACAGCAACAGAGACUUCCAGGACUUCAGCCUGAGUCGUGGCCUCCUGGACAGCACAGAGCAGAGUUCCAGUCAGCCCGCAGACAUCCGCCGUUCCCUCUGUGAUUUUGGGUCCGAGGAGAGCGAGAGGAGGCUGUCUGCCAUGGAGCUGUGGACCUGCCGCAGCAACAAUGCAAACGCUUUAACUGCUCCGGGCAGGACGAAGGCUGAAGGCGGGAGUCAGGACUCUCCCCGGCAGCCCCCGGACAGCCCCGUCCCCGGAGAAGCUGAUGUCAGACGAAAGGUACACUUGCAGCCUGAGGAGGGGGAUGGCACAGGAGCUGCUCCAGAUGGGGUGAAGGUGGAGGGAGGCGUGAAGAAGAGGGGAGUUUUGGAGGUGGGCUUUCUAGGGAGGAAGAGGGCACCCCCAGUCCCGCUCCUCUCCUCGGGAUCCGAAGGCGGCGGCAGUGACUCAUCCGCCACCGCUUCUCCUUCUCCCACCAAAUUGACAUCCUGCACCUCGCCGCGACACAGGAAGCUUACUGCUGAGUUGUCCAAUCAGGACAGUAGCCUUUGACAGACUUCUCUCAUGGUACAAAACUUGAGUGACAGUUUAUCAAUCCAGAAUGCAUUUACACUGCAUGGCUCAGGUGACUAAACUAGGCUGAGAUGAUUCCAUUCAUUUUUAAGAUUGGAAUUGGAUUAAUGGGAAUUAAGCAGAGAUUUAACAAGGGAUUGAAGGUUGGCUCUUAAUAGCUAGAUAUAUGCAAGUACCUUAAAUUAACGUACUGUUAUGGCUUUGCGUCCGAACGAGGAUCGCUGUAGGAGCUCUAGUUAGCAUGGAUGUUUGCUAGUUAAUUCCCAGACUUCAAACUCCAAUUGAAAUUUACUGGAAACCUCUCAGAGAUGGUUUUCCUUGAAACAACAAGAUUAACAGCUGCUUUAAAUUUAAACUACUACAAUGAAAGCAUAGACCAUUACAUAUGGUCUAACAAUGUGACAUUGGAGAACACUUUAUAGAACACUAAAUAUGGUUCAUUAGCAAAAUAAUUGCUGACAGUGGGUCAUGGAGUGUAUCCGCCAAUGAAUCAAACAAGCAAACUUAACACUAUGUAUUUUUUUAAUUAUUGUAUUAUUUAUGCGAUGACUUGAAAUGUCUGCCCCAUAAGAUAAUCUCAAGUCAACCAGUCAAAAUUUGUCACUUGGACCUGCAGUGUAAAUCCAACAAGGUAAAGCUUCAGCGUUCCUGUGAGCUCAAACUGGAUGAGCCCAUGUUGAUGGAAACACCAACAUAUAGUAACAAACUGGAGUCAAUGGUACAAGACAUUCCCAUUAAAGUGAAUAUUUAGAUCAAUGUAAUAAUCGUUAAAAGUAUUGUACUGACAGUACAGUCAAAUAAGAAUUUGUAGUGUUUGACAGUCAGCUGUCAAGAUGCACAUCAGCAAUGCGCACACAAAGAUGACGAGAUGGUCAUGUAGCAACAAGAUAGCCAAGGUGACUGCUUCUUGCUUCCUGUCUGCAUUCACCACUUGUUUUAUCACUCCUUUUUUCAUGCUUCAUUGCAUUGAAAGGCACAUAAUGCACGUGCGAAGCAUGCAUCAUUUAAAAAAAAUACACAGGAAAAAGUGUAUUGUGACUCACAAGUUGAUAAAACAUUUUCUACUACUUCAUACUAAAAAACGUUUGCUCCAUUUUAACAAUGCUACAACUAAGCUUUAUUAUUAUUAUGAUUAAUGCUUUUCACAGUGAUGCCUGCCUCUGCAAGAUUAUCCAAAUUAUUUAUAUUUUUACAAUUUCACAAGGAUCCUACACUACAUCACUUUAUCAUGUUUGCCUCAUCUUGUGUGUGCCUUACUCAACUUGUUUUAAUGCUUAUCACUAUCAGCCCGUUGCUUUAAAAGACAAUGAGGCGUCACGUCAUGGAAUGACAUCAGCGGACGACUUUAAAUAAGUGAUUGAUAUCAAUUAGUCUUGUAAAUAGUCGAUUGUAACUGGAAAACUGGCUUGGGGCGCGUCUUCACUCUAGUUAGCUGCAUGUGAACCGUCGAGAUGACGCGCCUGGUUUUUCGCACGGUGUUUUAAAUAAAGCCUGGCAACAUACUGGAAAACAGACGAGGCUAAAUACAAGGUCAUGAAGUCAAGGGUCCUGUGCGGCAUCCUUGAAACGCACACUAAAAAACAAAGUCCUACCAUGAUGGAUUCAUACCUGUGAUGUUUUGUCAUCCUUUAUAUUGUUGAGAAUUAUACACACACUAUAGAACUGAUGCUAUUGGACCUGCCAUUUGCACUAUGAACACAUACUUUUAUUUUAUAUACAAGUAUAUACUAAAUGUAUCAAUGUGUUAGCAUUCAAGUUGCUCCUUGUUCGUGUUUACAUGCUGAAAUAUACCUUGUGUGUGUUAAGAUAAUAAAUCCUGAAAUGUUAUAUUGGGAGAUUAUUUCCACUUGCCUACAGCUGUGUCACCAAAGUGGACAUUUGGACACUCCAAUAAAGAAUUAUCAUGCAGUU